CUCUUCUCUCACCACAACUCUUAUCACCAAGCAAGUUGUACUUCUCUUCCUCAGUAACCGUAUGCAUUUAUGCGUCAUGCCUCUAAAUUUUUUUCUAAAUGUUUUUUACAAUACAUGCAACCUGCAAGGGUAAUAAUUCAAUUUGUUUGGAAUCAAAACUAAAGAGCAAUCAUUCCCACUCCUUACUUAGGCCUUAGCCCAUAAUUUAUCAAUUAAUGCCUUGGGCCAUUAUAGACAUUAGUGAUUACGGGGUUUUUAAUUGGGGGCCCAUAAUCCCUUAUUCAUCCAGAGUCCCAACCGCUAGUUUUCUGAAACGGCUCCUUCCAUUCCUGUAAGAGAGUAAGUCCCAACGGCUAAUUUUUUUUUCAAAACCCUAUUGGUUAUGACUGCCUUUAAAUACUAGAGACACAGCAAACACCAUACCCACUUGUCUAAAACUCCUAUAGCUUUUUUCUAUUAUUAUUAUUCCCCAGAAACAAGUCUUUAGAUCUCGAUGGAGACACCAUCAUCAACGAGGAGAGUGACUAGGUCUCAGACCCUCUCUGCCAUGAAAAGCUCUGCCACCAAUCAUCUCUUAUCAUCAUCAAAGAAACCAGAGGAGUCGAAACCAAGGCAAAGAAACGGCGCAACGCCGAAGCCAGACAGGUCAGCGUUGUUCGACAUAACCAACGACUCGCCGAUCGUGGGACUUGCGAUGCAGACUCCAUCCUCAGGAGUGGCUGUUGGGAAGAGCAGAGUCAAGAGCACUCCUGGAUCUGGGGAGGCGCUCUUGAGAGGCCAAGUCAAGAAUCUGUUGCAGAAGGUCGAAGAAGAAGAAGCGCAUCUUAUCACGAAGAUUUCAGUUGAAUCUCGUCCCUUCAUCCAUCUCGUUACUUCUCCCAUGGGACUUCUCGCUCCGACUCCGGCCAACACUCCUCAAGUUCUCGACGGAGCGCCGCCGCCGAUUGUGAUCGCAUCUCCGGUCGUUUCGGGACAGCUGAGAGCAGCAUCUUCUCAGGUGGAGAAAGAAGAGAGUUUGGAGAAGAGUCCGAGCAUAACGCGGUCAUUGCUGCUGGAUUUUAGUGAUAAGUCAGAGCUGUGGGAGAGCUCGGACUGUUCUUCUGUGGUGACUCAGAACCCAGAGGAUGAUAACUCCUCGGUGUGGUCGAUGCAAGUCAACGCAAGUACCAAAGACGAAGAGGAUGAUGAAGAAGACCAAGAAGUAGUGUAUUCGUACAGAGAGGAAGAUGAUGAAGAGGAAUACGAGGAGGAGGAGGAGGAGGAGGAAGUGGAAGGGUUGUGCGAGGGAAUGAGGAAGAUAAGGUUCGCGGGGAAGCACACUCGGUUUGUGUACGACAGUGAUCUUGAAGAGAUGGUUGAGGCUGAAGAGCUAACUCCUGGAGUGUCGCGUUUGAAAGUCUUUCCCACACCAACGGGAAAACAUGUCAGGUUUGCGGAUGAAGACGACCAGGAAUGAUAAUAACUCCAUUUUCUAGUUGUGGACAACUCUCACAUGUCUCAACUUUUUCUUAUAAUUGUUUUUGUUUUUGGGGCUGUUACAUGGUUCCCAGUUCUCUGAUUCUUGUGCCCAAUUUACAUUGGGUGUUAUUUUUCAAUAACUAAAGUGUAAUCUCGGAUUAUGAUCUUUUUUUCUUUUUAA